GUCACAGCGUGGUUUCAGAGUAUGGCCAGUUUGCAUCUGAUUGCCCAAUGUGAGCGCCGGGUACUGCCCCUGGCGACAGCGGUGUAUCACGCAGGCGCAAGGGAAGGGCAAUGGUUUCAUCUCCACUGAGGGGAAAAGCGCAGACCACGUCAUUUCUAAUAAAAGCUGCAUUUCGUCUUCGACCUCCGACUUUUACCUUCUUUAUCGCCAAGUUGCAUCGCUCACUUGGGUCAUGUGCCACGUGGCUGAGAUUGGCGCCCAGCCGACAGCUGUUCGCCGCACACCGCAGCCCGGAUCUUGGCCUGUUGGAUUCCCAUCUCCUGGCAGGGCAAUCUGAUGCUUCGGACUGGCGAGUGGGUGUUCUCGUGAGGCACUUUGUUGUUCAUAUUUCCGUGAUACCCUUUAUUUGUUUGGUAUGUGGGCUUCCACCUCACCGCUGGGAGCCACUCGAAGAUGGAAUGGGAUUGGCAGUUCGAAGUAGGGUUUGCUGGCUGCGGCCUAACCGACGUGCUUCAUGCAGCAAGUUUAAGUUUCUGAGACGAGAAUGGAUCGUCGUUCCUGUACAUAGAAAUAGCAUGAAUAUAAGAUGCUCGGCUCCGUCCUGGUUUCUUCCCCGACUUAAGUACUCUCUUGACAUGAUAUAACUCCAGCUAUCCACACCGUCGCCUUCCCGCCCACCUCAUUAGGAACAUAGCUCGCCUACGAAUCGAAGAAUUUGCCAUUACGUUGCCAGAACCGUCGAUGCCCGUACACCCGUGACCACGCCGUCGACAUGGAUUGCGAUACCCGAUGCUUCGACUUGACGCUCGUCUUUCCGAUUCUUCUAAAGCUGACACCAGAUCGAUC